GCACGGGCCCCGUUCAAGGGACAAGAAACCCAAGCGGAUCUAAUGUUUGUGAAAAGUGCAGCCGAGAUAACGAAUGCGGCAAUGGGGAAAGUGGUACUAGCGUUCAUAACUGCAGGUGGAGAUAAGGAAAUGGAUUUUGCACGUACUUUUUUCGUCGCUCGAGGGAAGGCUCUAAUACUUGCCACCGAAAGACAUGAUGUCAUUACAGUAGCCGUAGGUGAACCGAUAAUCAUGUAUAUUGAUUAUGAACAUGGAACUACCAUGUUGAGGUACAUUGGUUCCGCAAGAUCGCCCUCCAUUAAAAUAAGCUCUGUAAUCACUCUCACUGGGCCACUUGUAGCCACUAAGGCUGCUGUAUUCUCAGGCAGAGGACCCAAUUCGGUAUCUCCAUACGCCCUCAAGCCUGAUAUAGCAGCUCCAGGUGUGGCCAUACUGGCUGCUAGUACCCCAUUAGAAACAGGAGCUGAGGAAGGAUUCAUCUUUAAGUCAGGAACUUCAAUGUCCACACCUGUGGUCGCCGGUUUGGUUGCACUCCUUCGAGCCGUGCAUCCUGACUGGUCUCCUGCCGCACUUCGAUCGGCUCUCGUCGCUACAGCAUCCACAACGGAUCCAUAUGGAGAACCUAUCUUCGUGGAAGGAUUGUCACGAAAGCUUGCCGACCCGUUUGACUUCGGUGGAGGACUGGUGAAUCCGAAUAAACCCUGGUCUUAUGACUAUCUGCUUUUUCUAUGUGCUUUUGGUUACGACGAGGCAUCCAUCACGAAGAUUGCCAAUAAAACGACGCUAUAUGAAUGUCCGAGUCCAAGCCCAUCCAUGCUCGAUCUAAACUUGCCUUCCAUCACCAUCCCAUUCCUCAAAGAAGAUGUGACACUCACUAGGACCGUCACCAACGUCGGACCUGUCGACUCUGUCUAUAAACUCGUCCUUGGGCCUCCUUUGGGUGUCAAGAUCUCCGUCACACCCAACACCUUGGUCUUCAGCUCC